AUGACUAAGGAAAUACCUUACUACAGCGAUAAUGAUGAUAGCAACGUCGUAAGAUUAUUCAUUAUUAGACAUGGACAAACAGAACAUAACGUAAAAAAAAUUUUACAAGGUCAUAAAGAUACUUCGAUCAACCUCACUGGGGAAGAACAAGCCGCUAAAUUGGGACAUUAUUUGCAUUCAAGAGGUGUUCAUUUUGAUAAGGUUGUAAGUAGUGAUUUGAAAAGGUGCAAACAGACUACUUCUCUGGUUUUGGAACACUCCAAGCAAAAUAGUAUACCCACUUCUUAUACCUCAGGCUUAAGGGAACGUUACAUGGGCGUUAUCGAAGGUAUGCAAAUCACUGAGGCCGAAAAGUACGCUGAUAAACAUGGUGAGGGAUCCUUCAGAAAUUUUGGUGAAAAGACAGACGAUUUUGUUGCUAGAUUAACCGGAUGUAUUGAAGAACAGGUCGCCGAGGCAUCUAAGGACGGUGUGAAGAAUUUAGCGCUAGUCAGCCAUGGGGGGGCCAUCAGAAUGAUAUUGCAGUGGUUGAAAUAUGAAAACAAUCAUGCUCAUAAGAUUAUUGUUUUCAACACCUCCGUCACUAUAGUUGAUUACAUAAAAGAUUCUAAACAGUUUAUCGUCAGACGUGUCGGUAACACCCAACAUCUUGGUGAUGGCGAAUUUGUCGUUAGUGAUUUAAGAUUACGUUAA